CUCACCGCUAGACAUGUAGAAAACAUGGCGGACUAGUCCUGUGGUAGAAGUGGAUGCCGCUUUGGUGGGUUGAGCUGCUGGCUGUUGGAACACGGCAGGAAGACGGCGGGCACACGCCGGUGCUUGGCCGGGUCCCGGUGCGCGAACAGGGGGAUUCAUUUACCCGUAGCGGGCCUUCCUUUGGAGGGGUUUUGUCCUCGCUGAGCCUCGGGAACAGGUCGGACAUGAACGGGGAAGUCGUAUGCAGCACCAACCUCCUCACCAUUCCAAGCUGCACCGUGUCGACACCCGCGGUUCACCAUGGCAACACCGUCACCGCCGUGCCGGAGGAGGGGGAAUGUUCUCCGCCGCGCUGCCGGAGGAACGACAUCCAGAGGCAGGAUGACGGCUGGAGAGAAAAUGGCUUGGACUCCGAGGUAGAGGGCCGGUGCUCCCCCUGCUGGCCAGAUGGAUGUACUUCCCCUCUGCAGCGCCACUCUGCUAUGACAAGCCGCCUCCGCUGCCCGCGCCAAGCCAGGGGAGUCCCUGACAGACUUCUCAAAGCCAAGAAGGCCGCGCCUAAAACCGUCGGAGGGAAAAACUGCCGGAACCAAAAAAUUACAGACUUCUUUCCAAAAAGACGGAGCAAACGGCAAAGUAAAACGGAACUGAAGCUUGAACAGAAGCAGCUAAUAGAUCACCUCAUCACCAGCGGAAUAGAGGAAGGAAUGCAGAUGCAGUACAUGGAGGAAAAGGGCAGAGCCGUUUUCGCCGCACGCCGCUUCCGUAAAGGCGAGUACGUGGUGGAGUACCAUGGCGACCUCCUGGAGAUGACGGACGCCAAAAAGCGUGAGGCGGAAUACGCCCAGAACCCAGAAACUGGCUGUUACAUGUACUACUUCCAGCACCUCUGCAUCACCUACUGCGUGGACGCCACCAAAGAGACGGGGCGUCUGGGCCGGCUGAUCAACCACAGCAAGAAAGGGAACUGCCAGACCAAGGUGCACGACAUCCAGGGCGUGCCGCACCUCAUCCUGGUGGCGUCGCGGGACAUCGAGGAUGGCGAGGAGCUGCUGUACGACUACGGCGACCGCAGCAAGGCGUCCAUCGCCGCACACCCGUGGCUCAAACACUGACUCCAGCGGCGCACGGCGGGAGAAAACGCAAGUAACGCCUUUCACGCAGAGCCUUCACACACACCACUCGUCACAGAGCUUGGGGUGCAUGGGGAACUUUGGCCAUCUUUAAGUGACAUGGCGGCUGUAGGAAACCUUUUUUUUCUUUUUCUACCACGCAGACUCACUUUUAUACUUUUUUUUUUAAAGAUCACACUCAGCACUUUUCAAACCUUUUGAAGCAAUUCCAAUCACGCAAAGUUCAUAAUCCACCGCUCCCAUCUCAUACUGGAGGAACACUACUGCGCUUUGUUGGCAACAAAAGUAGUAUUUUAUUUCUAUGUUACAUUUAAUAACCAGCAAUUAUUAGUUUCGCUUUUUUAUACGGUU